CAGCCUCAGUCAGCAAUGCACUUUUGCCCGUCGUGCUCGAACCUGCUCCUGGUGGAGAACGGCGUCGGCGAGAACGGCGAGACGUGUCUGGUGUGCCAGACGUGUCCGUACCAGUUCCCGAUCCGGCGGCAGAUGAUCUCGCGCACAAUCCUCAAGCGCAAGGAGGUGGACGAUGUGCUGGGCGGCGAGGAGGCGUGGAAGAACGUCGAUUCGAUCGAGACGCCGUGUCCCAAGUGUCAGCACCAACGAGCCUACUUUAUGCAGAUCCAGCUCCGGUCCCUCGAUGAGCCAGCAACCAUCUUCUUCAAGUGCUGCAACUCCGAGUGCAGCCACACCUGGAAGGAGGGGUGAGAAGCUACUGGCACCCCUCGUGUCUAUACCCGUGCCAUAUGCGCACCAACAUAAACCAGCUGUCUUAUCGGUUAACAACAAUGUAAUUUUCGCAUCUAGCAACAUACCUGUAUCUAGGUGCACAUGCUAUCAC